AUGAAGUUCUUGAACCUAUCGCUCUUAGCUCUUCUACCUGGCUACAUCUACGCCCAACCUGCAACGGAUCCUCUUUCUGUUGUUGGCCCUGGCGGCGUUCCGAUUAUCUGUGAGACUUUUUCCCUCAAUAUCGACGACGUAACAUUUGAAUUCCAGAACUAUAACUCUGAUGCAAACUUGGUCGAUCUGGGGACAGGCUCCAUUGCAUGGGGACGUCCAGCCAAUGAUAAUGACCUAAAGUCCAUGAUGUCCACUGCCAAGACGAUUCCUUCGCCUUACACUGCCAUCGUUAAUGAUGUCUUUCAGCUGGGUAGUCUCACACACCACAACAAUGCUAUCUUUGGAAUCCACGUGAAUACUGUUGAACUUGUUGUGUCUGUCGUGAUCAAUGGUGAUGUCUACUCCUUUGUCUAUAACUUGGCCAUUCAUGAAACUCUAAAUGUUGGUGACUGUUCAGCUCAUUAA